UAGUGCCGGUACGGUUCUGAGCGUUCUUUCCGCAUCGGUUCAGUCGGUGCUCUCGAGAACCUCACGCACAAGCUACCCUAAGCCGUCAUUAUGGAAGACCCGUGCUACACUCUGACGGCUCCGCUCGAGGACAAUGACGUCCAAGAGAUGGGCAUCCGAAAUGACUUUGAAAAAGGCGAUCCUAAAAAGCAAGCAAAAGCUUUGGAGCACCUGAUCAAUAAAAUGAUGCACGGUGAGCGCUUUUCACCUUCGAUGUUGAUGACUGUCAUCCGGUUUCUGCUUCCUUCAAAUGACCACACAAUCAAGAAGCUCCUCCUCAUAUUCUGGGAAAUCGUUCCUAAACGGGACCAGAACAAGAAACUCCUGCAGGAAAUGAUUCUCGUGUGUGAUGCGUACCGGAAAGACCUCCAGCAUCCGAACGAAUUCAUCCGAGGAUCGACCCUCCGCUUCUUGUGCAAGCUCAAGGAGCCUGAACUCCUCGAGCCGCUGGUGCCGGCCAUCACAGCCUGUCUGCAGCAUCGGCACAGCUAUGUUCGCAAGAACGCCGUACUGGCCAUUCUGGAAAUCUAUAAAAACUUCAAUCAGCUCAUUCCGGACGGGCCGGAGCUCAUCGCGGACUCCUUGGAUAUCGAGCACGACCAGUCCUGCCGGCGGAACGCUUUCCUCGCGCUGAUGACGCUUGACAGAGAGCGCGCAUUGAAUUAUCUGGCAGACAUCGCCGAACAAGUCGACAGGUUGAGCGAGCCCCUCCAACUCAUAAUCAUAAAGUUCAUCUACGAAAUCUGUCACGACAAUCCCAGCGAAAGGUCGAAGUUCAUCAAAAUGGUUUACCUUUUGCUGAACGCCAGCUCCCCAUCAGUGAAGUUCGAAGCUGCCGGUGUCCUCGUCACGCUGAGCCAAGCGCCGGCAGCGAUCAAGGCGGCCGCCGGCGCCUACAUCGAUCUCGUCGUCAAGAGCGAUAACAACGUGAAGCUCAUCGUCCUCGACAAUCUCAUCAGUCUCAAAGAGGAACACAGCAAACUACUUCAGGACAUCGUGAUGGACCUCUUCCGUGUUCUUGGCGCUUCCGACCUCGAGGUUCGACGCAAAGCGCUCAAACUCGCCCUCGACCUCAUAAGCGCCAAGUACGUGCCGGAAAUGGUUGGCGCGAUCAGCAAAGAGAUCGCCAAGACCGAGGCGGCCACGGCCGACAAUACAGACGAACACUACCGAGAGCUCCUCGUGAAGACACUCCAUCGCCUCGCUAUCAAGUACCCCGACUCGAUGCAGGAAGUCGUUCCAGUGGUCCUGGAUCUUCUCUCGGACCAGAACGCCUGCGUAGCCGAAGCGGUGUUGUCCUUCAUCCGCGAGAUUCUCCACAAAUACGAACACGCUCGACGGUUUAUCGUCACGAAGCUCACCGAAGUCUUCCCGCAGAUCUGCGGUUCCUCGACGCACCGGAGCGCCCUGUGGCUCCUCGGAGAGUAUUGUGCGAGCCCGGACCAGAUAGUCGCCUUCAUGAAAUGUGUCCGGAACUCGCUGGGAGAACUGCCGAUCGUCGAGAGCGAAACCGCUGAGCUCAACAAAGACGCGGAGGACGCUGCCAAUGACGACGAGAACCGCGUGAACGGUAGCACCGAAGCGGUGGUCACGACCCGGGUGACGGCCGACGGGACGUACGCCACGCAAACAGCGAUGACCUCCGAGAAGAAGGUCGACAGCAACGAAAAGAAACGACCGCCGCUCCGACAGUAUCUCUACGAAGGCGACUUCUUCAUCGGGGCGGCUCUCGCGUCGGAUUUGGUAAAAGUCACCCUCCGCUACGUGAAGCUCGUCAACGACCCUCAUCUGCAGCACGGUUUCAUCGCCGGAGUGAUGUUGGUCCUGACAACAAUUUUGAACUACGGACAAUCGGACUUGCCGGAAAAGCAAAUCAGCGAGGACGAUUCUAAGAAAAUCUCCAUGUGUCUCAAGCUCUUGUUGGAAAAUGUCCACGACGACCAGUUAGAUCUUGCCGCACAGACGAGAGGAGCGCUGGACCACAUGCUCGCGAUCAAAAGCGAACAGGAGAACACGCUAGAGAAGAAAAGUGCCGAAGUCAAGCUGCCAGCGAAAGAUUCUCAAGUCGACGACUGCAUUUCAUUUUCGUUGCUCACUCCGAAAGGCGCCGGUCACGAGGCAACGGAGAACAUUUUCGAGAUUUCCUUGGCUCGAGCUGUUCAGGGUAAUCGCGAUCUCCAUGCCGGGGAUUUGUUGAAGAACUCCAAGUUGUCCAAAGUGACGCAGCUCACGGGUCUCUACGAUCCGGUUUACGCCGAAGCGUACGUACAGGCCACGGAAUUCGACAUUUGCCUGGACGUUCUAAUUGUCAACCAGACGUCGGACACCUUACAACAUUGCAUUCUGGAGUUGGCGACGCUAGGCGACGAUUUGAAACUUCUUCAGAAACCGAGCUCGGUCACUCUGGCUCCAUUCGACUUCUGUAAUAUGAAAGCUACCAUCAAAGUGGGCGCUGCCGAUAACGGAACGAUAUUCGGUAACAUCGUCUACGACGUGAAGGGGGGAACGAAUGUUGUCGUUCUCAACGAUAUCAAGAUCGAUAUCAUCGACUAUAUUAUGCCCUCGGUCUGUUCGGAUGCCGACUUCCGCAAGAUGUGGGCUGCGUUCGAAUGGGAGAACAAGGUUUCCGUCAACACUCCACUGCGCGACCUCAACGAUUACCUUCAGACCUUGAUAGAAGCCACCAACAUGAAUUGUCUCACUCCGGAGCAGGCUCUCAAAGGCGACUGCGGCUUCCUGGCGGCGAAUCUCUACGCGAAGAGCAUCUUCGGCGAGCACGCCGUCGCCAACGUCUCGAUUGAGAAGCGUUCCAAAGAUCUUCAUCCUCACAGUAUCAUCUCAGGCCAUAUCAGGAUCCGAGCAAAGAGUCAGGGAAUGGCUAUCUGCAUAGGCGAGAAGAUGAGGGACAUACAGAGAUCCACAGUUCCUGAUCGUUCUGCUCCCGCUACUGUUCCGACUGAGGCCUGAACAGAGGAGAAGGUCGACGAACCAAGUCGAUCCCACAGUUUUUACAAAGAUGGCUUGAAAGCGUCGCGAGCCUGCAUUCAUGGUGAG